AUGUUUGCUCUACUGUUUGUACUCCAAUCGACCGUUUCCGGUUACAGUUACGAACCCUUCGUACUUCCGGAAAUUAUAGUGAAUAAAGCGAACGAGUACAACUAUCCAAUUCCGAGUCCACCGAUUCUAUUUGAUGAACCAUUUACAACAACAACGACCACCGAAAAUCCGGGAUAUUUGCCGCCCCCGAGUUAUUUGCCGCCGUCCACCAGUUAUGGUGUUCCCGAGUCCAAGUCUUUCCGCGUCUUAAAUAUGUCCUGCUUGGAUUCAGGGAACGAUCGAUUCUUUCGUAGCUCCCUGCGUUUCGGGGAAGGAAACGUUCCGAUUCCCGAGAACGGAAAUCAGGACUGCGUCUUGUCUUCCGGUGGUGGAAUUUAUCAGGUGAACUUAUCCGGCCAGAGGAUGACGAAAUGCGGUGUUUCCUAUUGCUCGGAUAGGAACCUCUGCAUGCAACUGAGGAUGCCGACGGUUCGGGGGAUAAAGUUACCAGAGGACGCUGUGAUUAAUCUGCAAUGCAAGCCGCAGAAUUCUGUCGCCAGCCAAAUUAAGCACCUCCAGUUCAGACCCAUUAAUCUGCAGGGUAGGAGUUUACGGACGGUCGCAGCGGGAGGAUCGCAGCGAAAUCUGGAGUCCCAAGUGGCUCUUUAUAGAAAGGCGCCGCAUACCAAUGAGUACACGCAGAUUGUCACUCCCGGCAGUUCCGUUACCCUUGGAGAGGAUUUAUUAUUAAGGGCGUCGGUACGUGAUGGAGAUGGCUGGAAAUAUUCCAGAAUGGGAACCGUGAUUGUACAUGGGCGUCAAUCUUCUCCGGAUUCUAUAACUCUUGUGGAUAACUCUGGCUGUAGGGCGCAUAACAUGAGAGCAGUCUGUCCGGAACAACCGAAGCAAGUGGAUUCGCUGGUAACCACAAUGCCCUUGAGGGCUUUCAUGUUUCAAGGGGCUCAACAAGGAGACGAAAUGAGGCUCUCUGUGAGAGUUCAUGCAUGCUUGCAAUUAGAAGAUUGUAUACAGGCCAGGCAUUGCGAAGAGAAAGUGGAUGCGAGAACGAGAUCAAGAAGAGAGGCCGUCACCAACAUAACCGAUGGGGAAUCGUAUCUGGAUUUCAGAGUGGUCCUGCCAGACUCCAAGAGCAUUCAGAGCAACGGAGAAGACAGCGUCCUAUUGGUGACGGUGCUGUUCUUUGUCGUUUUCGCUGCUGUUCUAAUAAUAGCAGCUCUAUUGAUCGCCUUAUUGAAGAGCAAUAAUUAUUUCUACUGUUGAUCUUUCAACCUUUG